GCUCCUUGAACACGCCCGAGUUCAGCUCGGGGUCAGGCGGAGUUCGCGGCCCGGCCUUUACCUUUUCCGCCGCCGCCGCCGCCGCGCUCCCGGCACAUGGGGCUCAAGCGCAGCAGCAGCAGCAGCAAGAGCGAGCAGCGGCGGCCAAGAGGUCUGAGGCGCCGGUGAGGGGCGGGCGCCGCCGCCGCCCCGGCAGUAGCGCAGCCCGCUAAGCCAUGCGCGUCCACACGGACCUCGCCUGCCUGGCUGACUCGACGGGGCUCCCGGGAGAGCGCGGCGCAGCGAUGCUGGACGCCUCGUCGGAGUCGGCGGGCCACUCUCGGCAGCUGCUGCUGCAGCUCAACGCGCAGCGCACCAAGGGCUUCCUGUGCGACGUGAUCCUGGUGGUGCAGAACGCGCUCUUCCGCGCGCACAAGAACGUGCUGGCGGCCAGCAGCGCCUACCUCAAGGCCCUGGUGGUCCACGACAACCUCAUCAACCUGGACCAGGAGAUGGUCAGCCCGGGCGUCUUCCGCGCCGUCCUCGACUUCAUCUACACAGGCCGCCUGGGCGACUCUGACGGCGGCGGCGGCGGCGGAGAGGGAGAGCCCAGCCUGGGCGCCGUGCUGGCCGCCGCCAGCUACCUGCAGAUCCCAGACCUGGUGGCCUUGUGCAAGAAGAAGCUCAAGCGCUCGGGCAAGUACUGCCAGCUCCGCGGCGGCUACUCGCCCUUCGGCAAGCUGGCGCGCGGCUUGCGCGCAGCCACGCCCGUCAUCCAGAGCUGCUACGCGCCCCCGGGGCUGCCGCCGCGCCCCUCCGAGCCGCUCAGCACCCACUGCGGGGAGCUGUACGCCGCAGCCUCCGCGCACCCUCAUGGGGCCGGUCUGUGCCCCCCGGAGCGCCUCUGCUCUCCACUCUGCGGCCUCGACCUCUCCAAAAAGAGCCCCAAUGGGCCCUCGCCGCAGCUGCCCGCCCCGCCGCCGCCGCCGCCGGAGAGCCGCCUGCGCGGCACCAUGGAGGGUCGGGAGAACGCCAGGCCCGAGAGCCCCGCCUUGCUGCCCAACCACUCGGCCUUCGGGGAGGCGGCCCCUUCGCAGCUGCAGGCGCCCUUCCACCACCUCCUGCACCACCACCGCGGAGGCAGCCCCGGGUCGGAGCCGUCGGGGCGCGCCGGCGAGGUGGCGCCGCCGGAGUUCUUCUACCGCUGGAUGAAGCACGAGCCGCUGGUGGGCGGCUACGUGGAGGACGACGAGGACGACGACGACGAGGGCGGGGGCGAUUGCCGGGGAGGGCGGCGGGACAAGGAGGGCGAGCUGGACCACAAGGCCGAGUCGCCCUCCUCGCAGGAGCAGCCGCCGCGGCGCUACCCGAGCUUGGAGAGCGGCGGUGCAGGCGAGCCCGACGGGGAGGACCUGGAGAACGACAAGAGCACUAGCGAGGAGACGGGCUGCAGCAGCGGAGGGCCUUCCCCGGCCGGCGGCAGCCUGGAGCGCUACCUGGGCUAUGAGCCGGAGAGCUUCGGCGGCGACAACCUGUACGUGUGCAUCCCCUGCGGGAAGGGCUUCCCGUCGUCGGAGCAGCUGAACGCGCACGUCGAGGCGCACAACGAGGAAGAGGAGCUGUACCGCAAGGAGGCCGCCGAGGCGGCUGCCGCCGCCGGGCAAGGCUCUCCUUUUCUGGACAAACCUCUUCCGCCGUCGUCGCUGCCGCAGCAGCAGGGGCCUCCGCCACCGCCGGUGUCGUCGGGGGCGUGCGACCUGCUGCGCCCUUACCGCUGCUCGUCGUGCGACAAGGCCUACAAGGACCCGGCCACGCUGCGGCAGCACGAGAAGACGCACUGGCUGACGCGGCCCUACCCCUGCUCCAUCUGCGGCAAGAAGUUCACGCAGCGCGGCACCAUGACCCGCCACAUGCGGAGCCACCUGGGCCUCAAGCCCUUCGCGUGCGAGGCGUGCGGGAUGCGCUUCACGCGCCAGUACCGCCUGACGGAGCACAUGCGCAUCCACUCCGGAGAGAAGCCCUACGAGUGCCAGGUGUGCGGGGGCAAGUUCGCCCAGCAGAGGAACCUGCUCAGCCACAUGAAGAUGCACGCGGCGGCGGCGGCGGCGGCUGCAGCGGCGGCAGCGGCCGGCCCCGACGGCAAGCUCAAGCUGGACUUCCCCGAGGGCGUGCUGGCCAUGGCGCGCCUGGCGCAGCAGCAGCAGCACGACAAGGAGCUGCUCAGCCACACCUCGCACUUCCUGGCCGCCGCCGCCGACCCCAAGGCCGCCAUGGAGGGCCUCUACCUCGGGCUCAGCCCCGACAAGGCGGCCGAGGUGCUCGCCCAGGGAGCCGCGGCCGCUGCAGCUGCUGCCGCCGCCGCCGCCGCCCACCUGCACAACGACCACCACGCCCGGACCAUAGAGCGCUUUUCACCCCCCUGACGACCCCCGCAUCACCCCCUCACGCUCUCCCGCUCUCCCUCCACGGACCGGGGCUUGUGGGGGAGGGAAGGGGG